CCCAGUCUGGCGCCAUGAGCGACACUUCAUAGCACAUCGUUCAUAAGUCGAAGAAAAGACCACUCACCUUUCACACACAGUCAUCAUGUCGGAUAAGGAAUUUGGUGGCAACGACGAUCUGUCGCUCCCCAAGGCGACGGUACAGAAGAUCAUUUCAGAAAUCCUCCCACAGCUCCCUCAUGAUAACUCCGCCGCCGGCAAAGAUGGUGAAAUGACCUUUACUCGGCCGGCGCGGGACCUCUUGAUUUCAUGUUCACUUGAAUUCUUACGAAUGUUGUCCUCGGAAUCCAACGACAUCUCUGAGCGCGAAUCGAAAAAGACCAUCAGCGUCGAACAUGUCGAACAGGCCUUGACCGAUCUCGGUUUCGGCAGCUACAUCGAAGGAUGCCGCGGGGUCGUCGGCGAAUGGCAAGAAGUCCAAAAGAAGAGAGUCGGCAGAGGCGAAAAGAUGAGAAACUUCGGUGGCUUCGACAAGAUGGGCGAGGAGGAAUUACGAAAGAUGCAAGAAGCUCUACUGGGCGAAGCACGAGGUAGAAUGGAAGGACAAGGCGAUGCCCACGAAUGAUGAUGAUGAUGAUAAGCACGACUUUUCCGACGAAAGACAUUGCUCGAAUUAUGAUACUCAUCCAUUACAGAAGGAAUCAGCUUUAUGUGCUAGACCCGUAGAUGGCGGCAUUCAUUCGAGAGGUUGGAACUCUUUCUAGAGAGCGUAUCAGCAACCAUCAACACUCAAGGCCAAAUGUCAUGGUCUGUCCUUCAUAUCAACGGGAUACUGAUAUGAUACUGGCAUCCCCAGCUCGUCGACCUGAACGAGCAAUGUACGAACUUACCACACUCCGAGCUUUGCUCAGUCGAUGUAUUGGUAAUCUCCACGAAAUGCUCCGCUACGACAUCUCACAACUGGUUCAUCCUUGCCAGAAACCAUUGGGCCAUUGGCUUCGAUACAGGUAGCGGAGGGUUAGAAGGCAUACCGUUGGUGAAGGACGAUGGCAACAAUUAACAAGGAUGGACCUCGGGACCAUUUCCACGGACCAUCAUUCGGUGCGGAUACACACAGACAUAAGGUCGGAAAAAUGAACUCACCACGCAGCCAUGCGUCCAAAAUUCAAUUCAAUCGGGAUCAUCAUCAUCUCCGCUCUCCGCUGCACCCAUGGAAUAUGUGUAACCAAGUCUUCAACACCGAGUAGAAAAGUCACUUGGUUCCUUAGGCGUGUAAAGACAACCACAGUCAAUGAACAAUUUUUCCAGUCCGAGCGAGCCUCUCUUUGAUUCCUCUGACAUUGCUUAUUGUCGAAGCCUCUCCUGGGGUUUUGAUGGCAUCUGACGGUCGCUCCGAGCUCACCCAAAGUUCCCUCUUUUUUCAAGCCAUACCCAAAUGUUGAGCCCAAGCGAAGAUGCCACCUGCCGGGAUGUAAGCUCCAAGGAAAGUCGAUUGAUACUAUGCCGCAAUCGUUCCUACGAAGAACUCACAAGAGAUGGGAUUAGAGAUGAUCCUCAAGCAUACCUCAGAACGCACAUUAUCUUUUACACACAUACACACAAAAGGGAGCGUGAGCACGUACCUGCGAUCGGCCCUACUGGUCCAAACCGCAACAAUUUCAAGAGAAGUUUGGAGAUUCCCAAUCCUGCUCCUACGAAAGGGUGAGUAGGUUGCUGGCGACUUGAAAUCCCGCAAGGUACGGAUGAAACGUGGCGUAUUGGGCGAGUCGAUCCAUUGCGGCGCCUGCGAAGGUCAUGAGAGACUCGAUGGUGAGGUCCGUGAUGGUUUCAAAGGUGACGUUUUUGAGAGUUUCGAAGGUGAUGUUUGGUGUGAUGCGAGCCAGGGUUUCGUUCAACAUGGCUUUGGAAGCUUGAGCUGACAAGACUUUUUGUAUGAAUGAGAGAAUCCCCUGUAUCACACACACAUUCACUUACACUUACACUUACACUUGAAAUAUCGCUGCCUUGCUGCCUAUUUAAACGUCUACCUCAGGGAAAUAAAUUUUACUUUGUUGUCUCGGGGAAGCACAGGCACAGAGACAGAGAUCUGAAUUGGUGAAUAUAUCAAUCUUCUUUCGAUCUUUGUCCCUUUCACUCGUUUUAUUUCACACCAUGUUUAAAUACCUAAAUAGGUAUUUGGUUU